AUGUGCUACGAGAGCGUGCGGUCAGUCAUUAUCGAUUUUGGAAAUUCGAAGAACCACUUGGAUCGCUCCUCUUUCCACUCUCCAACUAACAAGAUGCCUUCGCAAAAGAAGUUGAAUCCAACGGAAGUGCACAUCUCGCCAGGCCGUGAUCUCGUCCAGCGCACGCUCGUCUUCCGCAACACCACCGGAAAGGACUUUGUGCUCAAACUGAUCUCGUCGAACGCGGCCAUCAGCUUCCCGACGAACGUGUUCCGUUUCCCACCGCAGUCCCACCGCAUCAUCCAGUUCCGUGUGGACGCCCGCAAGUUGGGCCAAUGGGACAAGUCGAGUCUCAACAUCAAGGGAUUCGUGCUUCCGACCUACGCGAAGGGACUGAAGCAGUUCAUCGACCAGAAGAAUACGGUCGGAUCCGUCGGACAGGAAGCCUUCUCCCUCUCCGUCAAGUUCACCGACCAGUUCUCGGCUCCGCAGACGGUCGUCAACCUGCCCGGCAGUGCCACGUGCAUCGAAUCGACUGAUCAUCCGGUCGACGUCGAGGAGCUCGACACUCGCACUGCCAUCAACAUCGAGAAAGGUAACAGUUGAGAAGGAUACCAUCAUAACAAGUGACCUAAUUCAGAUGUGGCGACGGCUGAGCCGAUCGGUUCCAUGAUGGGAUUCGUGGAGGAGUACAAGCGUCGUCAGGCGAAAUCGGGCUGCUGGCUGACCAACUACAUCUGCGGCGGCGAGGAGAAACCGGAGAAGUCGUUGAGAUCGCGUCGUUCGAACUCUGCGAAGAGCAAUCGGAGCGCCAAGAGCUGCCGUUCGCAGUCGCGUCGUCAGAAGAGCGAUGUCAACGUGUGCCUGGAGGCCACACCGUGCGGAGGAUCCACCAUUCAGGCAUGA